GCCAAUUUGAAAGCCUGAAGUCGCUGAGGGAGCCGGCUGUGAUCGGUCACCGGCCGCGGUAAAAAUGUGGAAUGAUAUUGAACUUCUUACAAAUGAUGACACGGGGACUGAGCGGCUCCCUGUAGGUUUAGGACAUGAAUGCGGAACUGCGUUGUAUCAAGUGAAUACACUACUUCAAAUCACAUCUUCAGAAAAGGCCUCCGUUAAUCCACAGUUGUGUGCGUUCAACUCAAGGGAUGGUACUAUUAUUGUUGUUGACACAUCAGUGGCACUUCUUGACAGUACAGGGCAGUCUCUCCUGAUGCAUGUUCUGUUUGAUACUAAUGUGGAUGUUGUUGGCAUGUGUCAAGAAGAACAAUUUCUUGUGGUCGGUGAGAGAAGUGGCAAUUUCCACCUUAUCCACAUACCCUCAAAACAAACUUUGCUAACCAAGAUGUUGGUUGAAAAAUCUUCAAGCGAAAAGACUUACUUAAAUCUCUUUAUUGAAAAAGAUAAUGCAGAUGCAGGUGUUUAUCACAUGUUCAUUCUCACAAACAAUGGAUUCUUCUCCAUUAUGUGUCUCCCGCUUGCUAAAACACAGGAAGCACUUGACAAGAUGGAUAUGAUUACGGCAAAGAAAUUACAAGGACAGAUAAAGACAGCUUUCAUUUCCACAGAAGAAUAUCACAGCCUUGGCUGUCAGAAUUUUGUGAUAAGUAACUCGGUGAACAAAAUCCAUCUGAUAGUUGGGGGUAGAGGUGAUUAUGUACUCUCCAAAUGGGAGGUAGACACUACCAAUAACUUGGUGUCUGUUCAAAGUUUUGCUGAUUCAAGUCUGAUCAAAGAUGCAGCAAAAUUUCAAGUUCUUGACAACCGGCUGUUUGUUUUGGAUACAGAGAAUAUCCUAAGCAUGUGGGAUGUUUAUUCUCUCACUCUAAUUUGGGAUUGGCCUUUAAUACGUAUUGAAGAAUUUCUUCUAAGUACAGAGUCAGAUUCUUUGCCAGUCAUAUGGCAAGGACUUGCCAAUGUUAAACUGAUAGUCAUGACAAUACCAGAUAACAAACAGAUGAGAAGUCUCAUGGUUUUUGCAUUGCCCACUAUGCAACAGCUCUAUUCUUUGGAAGUGUCUAUCGUUUCUUCACUAGUUCAAAGUGGGAUUGGCACAGAUACAAUAUACUUCUUGGAAGGAAUUAAUGAAAAACAUCAGACACCCUCUGAAGGCCCAGUUUCUAUUGUUGUGAUGCGAAGUUUAACUGAAGCCUUGCCAGAAAAUAGGCUGAGUCGCUUACUUCAUAAGCACAAAUUCACUGAAGCAGAGAAUUUUGCUCUUCAGUUUGGACUAGAUGUUGAGCUUGUAUAUAAAGUGAAAGCAAACACUAUUUUAGAGAAACUGGCUUCAGCCUCCAUUGGGAGUUACGGUCAUGAGGUCUGGCUGGAUCUUGUGAAUGAAGCCAAAGAAAAUCUGCAAAAAAUUCAGGAUAGCCAGUUUGUUGUGGAUUACUGCAUAAAUGCUCCAUGGCCACUGUAUGAAACCACUCAAGAAAUGUUGAACUAUGCUAAAGUCAGAAUCUUGAAGAAAGAUGAUAGAACCUUUGCUCCAUCAUCUGAUGGGGCUCCAGUAUCCAUAACUGAGGUAUUGAGAGCUCAGGCAAGGCUUACAACUUUCUAUGGAGCUUUUGGACUAGAGAAAUUCAGUGGCAUUGCUUGGACAGAAUUCUUGAAUAGUGAAGACAUUUUCAAGAAUAUCCUUUCUCAGCUAGAAGAAGGAAAUUUAUCUUGUGCACAGUACCUCUGGCUGAGGCACCAGGCAGAUUUUGAAAGCAGCUUCAAUGAAAAAAUGCUGGAGAACUUGAUUAAUGCCAUCCAUUUCACUGUUCCUCUGAAGGAACUAUGUUUGUGGCUUAAAAAUGUUGUGAUUCCUUUCUUAAGAAGAGUAGUGCCAAAGGGACAGAAAGUAUUAGCAAAAUGGCUGGAACAAGGCGCUCGAAACCUUGAAUUAACUGAUAAGGCAAAUUGGCCAGAAAAUGGACUCCAAAUGGCAGAGGUUUUUUUUACAAGUAGAAAUCAAGGUGAAACGGGACUGACAAUUUCUGGCCAUUGGACUGUUUUGAGAUGUGUUGACUGUGAAGAGGUGCAUAGGUUAAAGAAGCUGGUAAAUGAUUUACAAGAACUAAUAAAUCUAUACAGAAAAUACAACUGCAGGCUGGCACUCUCUGAUUUUGAAAAGGAAAAUGCAACUACUAUUGUGUUUCGCAUGUUUGAUAAAAUUUUGGCACCAGAGCUUGUUCCAUCCAUUUUGGAGAAGUUUAUAAAACCCUACCUGUGUGAACAUAAUCUACAAAAGGAUGAACUACUUCUCCAGUAUAUAAAGGAUUUGCUAGAACGCUGUCGUACACGCUCUACUUCAGUAUUCGAAACUGCAUGGGAGGCAAAGGCAAUGGCUGUCAUUGGCUGUAUCUCUGACACAGAUCUGAAAUUUGAUGCAGUUCUACAGAUAAUGCAUGGUGCUAUGGUACCAUGGAGUGCAGCAGUGGAGCAGCUGGUGAAACAGCAUUUGGAAAUGAAUCAUGUCAAAGUAAAGUUACUGCAGGAAAGUUACCGCUUGAUGGAGAUGAAAAAGCUUUUGCGAGCCUACGGGAUAAGAGAUACUAAUCUUUUAAAGGACAAGCAGAUGAUAAUGAGACUAGUGAAAUACAUUCUUAAACAAGACACCCCUACGUGUUUGGAGGAUGCUUUGAAAAUCGUAGCAGCAUAUAUGUUGCCCACUGUGGAAGUCUACAUUCUGAGGAUGAUAGACCUGAUCGACAGAGAAAGGGAAGAGGAAACUCUGACUUUGUUAAAAUCUCUGACUCUUGCUGAAGCUGAGGAAGUUGCAGAGAGAUUGACUCUAUGGGGAACACUGGUAUUGCAGAAUAAAGCAGAUAAUGCUGAAGAGCACAAAACACGGAUAUUUAUGACUAAGACACUUGUGGAAGUCCUUAAGUUCCUGUUCAGCAUUCAAAAAGACAAUCCUCUGAAGAAAGAUGAAUGUGAAGCAAACCUAAGAAUGUUUGAAACAUUUGCUACCCUGCAGGAAGAUUUUGAUAUCUUUCUUUCAGUUGAAGAAUUUAGGAACCCUUCACUGAUGUCUGAGCUUCUUGAGAGUCACUUCAAAGCUUAUGAGAUUGCCAGAUCUCUGUCAAAGUCUAGAAAAGCACGAACAGUGAAUUGUAGUUCAGAAGAUGGUAAAAGCAAAAACCGCCCUACUGAAUCAAGGCUGUAUAAACUGGAUCUGCUCCUGCGGAGGUCAGAGCAAGAACUGGGAGAAAAACUGGCAUGGAGAGCACUGGAUGCUGGAAAAGUUGAAGAGGCUGUAAAAAUAUGCAGGGAGUUCUAUGAAAGUCACUCUAAUGAAGAAACAGGGAAGUUGCUGUUUUCAGCCUGUCAGAGGCUUUGUCAUAUGUUAGGAGCUGAUGUCCCAAUGAUCACUCCUAAUGACAUGAAUCUUCCAGCUGUGAUCUAUGAGAUGGCUUGCCAAGCAGCUACACUAUGUAGUCCAGAUUUGCUAUUAGAUUCUCUGGAACUAUGUAAAUAUACUUUGGUUGCCAAGGAAAUUUACAGACAGUGCCAAAUAGAAAACUAUGGAUUUACAGCAAAGACAACAUCUUUUGGAGGAGAUAAAGAUCCUUAUGAAGAGUGGACUUACGAUGACUUCUUUAAUGAAGAUGGAAUAGUUCUUGAUCCACAGAUAGCUCUACCAGUUGCAUAUGAAACUAUUUCUUCUCUUCUGCCUGUUUGUGAAAGCAAACUGUAUCCUCUGGACUCUAUAAGCCUGGCAAACUGUGCAUUUAUUAAAGGACAGAACCUUCUGAUGCCUGCUAGAACUCCCAUCUGUGCAGUGCUGCAGAACCUCAUGGAGUGCAGUCAGUGUGAGUUGGCUUUGAGGCUGAUAGUAUGUUCCUUUGGCUCCUGCCUUCAGCAUGGUGUAUCAAAUAACAUGGAUUUGGCCCUGAGUGAAAAGCUCCAUGAUGGCAAUACACUGGCUGAAACCAAUCGCUUUGUCAUUGCUAUGAAACAGAACAGUACUUCAGCAAUUAUGAGCACUAUCCUGGCCUUACUACACAAGGUGUUCAACUGCCGUCUCAUAGAUCAGGACCUAGCACUGGGAUAUUGCACAGUUUUGCCCAAGGAAGACAUGUUCAAUAAGCUGUGGGAUGUCAUAAACAACACAUGGCAAAAUUACAGAAAAAUCUUGGCAGUGGCUCUGAUUGGAGCACAGCUUGCUAACCAGUCUGGUGAAGCUGAAGAAAAAAAGAAGUUCCAGGAACUGGUUACUGAUGCAGAGUGGGGUAUCCAACUCAGUAAACUUGGUAUUUCCUUUGAGACUGUAUUUAGACAACCACCAAUAAGGAAAAAGGAGCUCAUAAGAACAUUGGUACAAAAUCCAAAAGCAGACACAGAUCUCAUAUUGAAUUACUGCAGUACUUUCAAGCUGGACAGUGAUGCCGCACUGCAGCUUUGCAUUGAGACACUUCUUCUCCAGAAUGCUAAUACAAAUCACGUCGAAGAUGACUCUGCAGAAUGCAGGGCAAAGCAAUCUCAUUCCACCUUACUAGCUAGAGCACUGGAAAUAAUUCCUCUGCUGAAAAGCACAGAAGAGCUAGUCAUCAGCCUCAGUGGAAUACUGUACAAGCUUAAUCCUUAUGACUAUGAAACUAUUGGAAUUGUGCUGAAAGUGAUACAAAAUGCUGAUGAGAAGAACACCAGUAUCCAGCUGAAUCAGGCCUUGAGUCUCCUCAAACAUCUGGAAUCUUAUAAAAGAAUUUCCUCACCUGUAGACCUAGAACACCAGUAUGUUUUAGAACACAUGAUUCCCUUAUCUCCAGCUGCUCAAACCAGACUGCCCUUUCAUCUGAUAUUCUUUAGAACUGCACAAUGCUUCUGGAACAUUAUAGCUGCAGAGCUCAGUGAGGAAUCCUUCCCAACACUUCUGCUGAUUUCCAAACUAAUGAAGGUUUCACUGGAUACCUUACACAUGUCUGCAGCUCAACAUGUCUUUGAAAAGAAACUGAAACCAAAAAUAUAUGAAAUGAGAAACACUGGAUAUACAUCCAUUGUUAGCAAGGAAACAGCUAAAACCUUGCAGACCAUCCAGUCAUAUCUGCUGUCCAUAGUUAACCCAGAAUGGGCUGUAGCUAUUGCUCACAAGAUGGCACAAGAAUUUCCAACAGGUCCUGACCAUAUUCAAGCACUGAAAUUCUGUCUCCAUCUAACUGAGAAAUGGCUAAAGAACACUACAGCUAAGUUAAUGGAUGACUCUCGUGAAAAAGUGGAAGUCCUACAAAAAAAAUUACGUAUGCAGUAUAAGCGAUCAGCAACAGAAAAUAUUCUAAUAACACAUCACCUGAACACUGCAGAGCAUUUAAAGUCUGUUGGGAAGCCAGCAAACCUUAUCACUUUACUGUAUGAACACCACAGUAUAGACCAAAGAAUCCAAAAUCCAGCUGGCAGAGAUUAUCCAGAUAUCCAUAUGGCAGCUAAGGAGAUAGCUGAAAUUAAUGAUUUGGACAUGAACAAAAUAUGGGAUAAACUGCUGGAUAAAUGGCUGUGUCCAAGUAUACUGCCCUCAGAAAAAACUCAAGAAAUCCUUGGAGAUGCACAGGAAGAUGAAGAACUCCGAAGAGUUAUCUACCUACUUCAGUCUCGCCCAAUGGAUUACAGUUCAAGACUGCUUUUUGCAAUUACAACAUCUGCUACAUCUCCAAUUGGUGAUUGUCAGCUUACAUUUGCUCACAGGAGCAGAGCACUUAAGUGUCUGCUCUACUUGGCAGAUACCAACACUGUGGAAUCACUCUUCAAGAAAACCAUUGAGAAAGUAAAGUAUUUUCUAAAAUGCUUCAUUUACCUGGCAGAGUUUGAAAUCUUGAAUAUUCCAUAUACUUUUGAAUCAUUUCAUAACAGUCCUAAGGAAGGAAUGAUAAAAGGGCUAUGGAAGAAUCACAGCCACGAACCCACGGCUGUCAGAUUGGUGGCAGAACUUAGUCUAGAAUAUAAAGUAUACGAUACCCAACUGUGGAAUGGCCUACUACAGAAACUCCAGGGUUUCAAUAUGAUUCAAUAUUUAAGAAGAGUUUUGAUAACAAUUACUGGGAUUCAUUUAUUAUGGGAGAUUCCCAACUUCAGCCGAGCUUGGCGAAGUGUGGUUCUGUCACCGUUUCUCACAGCUUCAUGUCCACUGAGUCCUAAACAGUUAGAAGAAUGUUGUGAGUGUUUUGUGAUUCUGCUCAAAUGUCCUGUUCUAGCUGACUUGGAUGUCAUUGGAAUAGCUAAACAAUAUGCACAGCUGGACCUUCCAGCCUUUGCUUUGGGGUGCCUGUUGCUGAUCCCUCAGUCUGAGAAGCGAGAACAGCAAAUUCAGGGCUUCUUAUCGACAUGUAAUGCAGAAACUGUGCUGCAACAAAUAGAUGAGCACAUGAACACUGGAGAAGUAGUAGCCUUUGCUUCUCAGAUCAGAUCUUUGGUUUUGGACAGCAUCAUAAAUGAGAAGCUGUAUGAAAAAUUCUUGAAAACUAAGUAUUUUCCACUGUUGAAGCAACAACUGAUGAGUACUCACAGACUGAAAGAACUGGUGGAUUACUUUGUAAAGAAGAACUGCAUUGAUGAUGCUACAGCCCUAAUUCAAGAAUAUCAAGAGAAAUGUGGAAACCCCACUCUGGCAGAUAUACCAUCAUCCGACCUUCUGAAGAUGUAUUUGAAUGGACCAGAGAAGUCUGUACUUGAACUGUCAUUGAUAAGGUCUUGAUUUACCCUUUUCUCCCUCUGCUGGCAAUAGGAGGGCCAUGCAUUGAGAAUGCUCCUGCAGUCAAGUGAACAUUCAUCUAUAACCUCUAUGCUCUUACAUCAAAAGCUACCCUGAGCUUUACACGUUUAACUGUUCAAGGCUGUUUCUUCUCCAUCCUCUUUCUGUUGAAACAGUUUAGAUUUACAGUAAGAUUUCUCGUUUCUAUUCAAGAAUAAUGUUCAUAUUCUGCACUUUCAUUUUAGGGAGGAUUAGUUUAUUUCCUUCUGUAUUUCUCCAUGUUUAAGUCUGCUAUCAGCAUCUCUAAGACUACAUUCACACAAACAUAACAUAAUGAUAAACUGUUUCUAAAACUGUAAAUGGUGUACUUGAUGUAAAAUAUACUUUGUAGUCUAGUUGUAAUUAUAGCUACAGUGAGCACAAAUAAACUGACUUCUUGUA